AGUCUUACGUUAUCCUUUAAGCCUCCUUCAGCUAACACAACAACAAUUUUUUUUGCACUUAAUGACGCUUAAUUUCAUUUCUUAUCGGGUCCUUUGGGGGGGAUUAUUCAUUCAUAUAAAACAAUCUGCAGCUGGUGCCAUCCUAAAGUCUCCCUCCUAUGAGUGAAGUCAUCUAUUAUUGAGCGAAAGGCCGUGCGUGGAAAUGUGUGUAAGACGGUGGAUUUGAAGUAGAAUUGGUUGCAAUCGAUCAAGGGUGAAGAAUAUUGCUGAUGGUAACAAAAGAAGCAGCUAUGUCUUUCUCGCAAUUUGGAUACCCUUACAAUGCAACUUCCCAGGUCGGUCUCUGAUGGGACAGGCGGCUCCCAGACCGCCGCUGCCGCCGCCGCCGCCGCCACCGCUGCCUCCUUCUGCUGCCCGUCCUACGAGAACCGGCUCCUGGCGAGCAGCCGGACGGAGCUGAACGCAGCGCUGGGGAUGUACAGCUCUCCCUACGCCGCAGCGGCUGCCGCCAGCCAGAACUACGCCAACUACUUCCCCUACAGCACCGACCCAUCCGCUAUCUACUCCACUCUGAAUCCACAGUAUGACAUUAAGGACAGCACAGGCACUUUACACUCCGGCAUCACUCAAACCGCUGCAUACUAUCCUUACGACCAUUCACUGGGACAGUAUCAAUACGACAGAUACGGGACAGUAGACUUUAAUGGCACAGCCAGAAGAAAGAAUGCAACUCGUGAAACCACCAGCACCCUGAAAACAUGGUUGUAUGAGCACCGGAAGAACCCAUACCCCACCAAAGGAGAGAAGAUCAUGCUGGCCAUCAUCACAAAAAUGACCCUCACCCAGGUUUCCACCUGGUUCGCCAACGCCAGGAGGAGGCUAAAGAAGGAGAACAAGAUGACCUGGUCACCAAAGAAUAAGGCCAAUGACGACAGGAAGGAUGACUUUAAGAGCGACCAAGACUGUGUCACCAAAGAUUCUAGUGAUUGCAAGGAGGAGAAGGAUCUGCAUCUCAGUGAUCUGGAGGACAUGGAUGACGACGACUGUGACAAGUUGGACAGUGACUGUGAAAAGGUGGCUGCAGAUGAGCAGGACCUCCAGAGGGUCAUGGCAGUAUCCGGAGCUCCUCAUAAGAGAGACUGCAGCUCCGAGCUGCACCUGAGUUUAACCAACAGCUUUCACACGUUCCCCUGCGCCAUCAAAAGUGUCAACACCCUUUCUCCUCUCCCGUCUGACUUCCUGGACCCGGCGUUGUCCAAGGCACCGUCUUCGACCGGCCCCGCAGGAACACUGUCCCUGUCUCACUUUGAAGCAUCGGAUAAGCCUCGGAUUUGGUCUCUGGCUCGUACGGCAGCUUCGGGGUUCAUACUGAGCCCUCAGCAGCAUGGCUCGGAGCUGAGGACAGGCAACUCAACCGGGGACUGCCAGCUCCAGAGCACCAGGCUUACCGGACAGUGUGGGGGCAUGAGAGGCCUCCACGACUCUAGCAGCAUCACCAAUACUGAGAGCCCAUUCUCCGAGGGCUUAUCCUUGCACUCAAAAGUCUACGGCACUGGCAGCUACAGUCACAAGGACCUCCAACUGCACUGUUCAUCCUAUGCUGCCCUCCCAGAUACAUGUCAGUACUCCACUAUUGAAGGAUUCUCUGGUGGCAAAGCAGAGACACAGUCAUCUGACCUCAGUGAAGCCUGCGGGACCCUGCAGGAUGACAAGGUCACUGCGUUCAGACCAGUGAUGAAGAGGUGAAGCAGAUUGCUGGACACUGUACCACAAUAAAGAAUGGGACAUGUAUUAUGCACUAAAGGACACACUGGCCGAGUAGCGGCCUCAGUGUGACACAUGGGAGCUACCUGGCGCUGCUGCAGUGGGAGGCUGUCAAACUGUGGGCGUGGCUAUCAUUUUGCACAACUUUGUUUUUAUGGUGUAAAAGACUUUAUGCAAACAAUUCAAGAUGCAAAGGUGUGAGAAAGGCCAAGUUAAAACGGCCGGAUUUGUGUAUGGCAAUCGUGUAGUGUAGCUAACCUAUUUAUUUCUCUGUGUAUUUAUUAUUUUGUUAUGUUGUCUGUUUGUUUUAUUAUCUGACGUGUUUAUUGGUUGAAUUCGUAUCUUCUUUGAGUGUUUUGUUACCUGUUGCGUUUUAAUGUGGCUUCGUUUCAUUUUGCCUGAAGUAAAUAAGGAAAAGCUUGUUGGACAUAAAGUUGACCAUAAAAGGACCGGAUCCCCUGUGUUGCGCGUGGAGGAUGUUUGUCAUUGUGUUAAAAUGUGAGCUUCUUCUGUGUUUGCCUGU